CCUCUUUUACUGCAUAGUUUAUUCCCCUUUUGCUUCCAUUUUGUAACUACAUUUUUUCUCCCUUUUGCUCGCAUCCCCCACCGGAGCGACGCUGUUUCUUCUUCUCCAACAAACGUUGCCCCCCGCCGAGGGAGAGCGGUACAGCCACAGUGACUCAGCGGAGGGCGUAAAAUCACCCUAUAAAUUGCAUAGGCACGCCUACUUAGAAUCACCUAUGCAUUUCUGCCUGGGGACCCCCCGUUCGUUCACCUGCGCCACGCUUCGCCCAGCGAAAUGACGGAGCUGUACAUCCUGUUCGAGUGCUCCGCGGGGUACUUCCUGCUGAGGGUGAAGGAGUGGGAGCAAAUCGGAAGCAACGAAAAUUUGGAAAAGAAGAUCCAAAAGGCAGAUUUAUUCCACGAGAUUGUGCACUUAUGUUCGUUCAUAUCCUUCGAAACGGCUGAAAGGGCGCUGGAAAAUUUGAUUCAUAUUAAUGAGGGUAAGGCCACGGAUUUUUUGCUAACCUUUUUAGAGCAGCACCUGCCGAGCAAUAAAAGCCAAUACGAAUUAGGGGUGGCGGAUGUCAAUUUGGGGAAGUACCUCUCGAACAUCGGGUUCAACGUGGUGCAUAACAAUAACAUUUUGGAGCUCUUCAGAGCGUGCAGGCAAUUUUACUUAAAAAAAAUCGACACCUAUGUGGAGAGCAGCGGAGAAAUUGACAUCAAGCAUUUUAACAUCGGGUUGGGGCACAGCUACUCCAGAUCGAAGCUGAAAUUGGAUCCCAGGAAACAGGACAAAUCAAUCAUCAAUAGCAUCGGCACGAUAGAAUCUCUGGACAAGAAUAUUAACCUCUUCAGCAUGAGAGUCAUCGAGUGGUACAGCUGGCAUUUCCCAGAGCUGAAAAAAAUAGUCACCGACGUGUGCAUGUAUUGUAAGCUGGUAAAUUUAAUAAAAAUAAAAGACAAUUUCAAUUUUGAUGACGAAACGGAAAGAGAGAAAAUCACCGAAAUUACGCAAGACGAACAGGUCACCGAGCAGAUUAUUAAAGUGGCCAACCUUUCGAUUGGGCAAGAGCUAACUCAGGAGGAUCUCAAUAAUAUUAUAAAUUUUUCUAAUGAAGUUAUUAACCUCUUCAACACGAGGAAUGUUCUGUGGGACUACCUAGAUAGGAAGCUCAAUAUCGUUUCUCCCAAUUUGAAGGAGCUCCUCGGAAACACGUUAAGUGCUCGACUGAUUAGCCAUGCGGGGUCCCUCGUAAAUUUAGCCAAAUGCCCCUCGAGUAGUAUCCAAAUCUUCGGCUCGGAGAAGGCCCUGUUCAACUCCCUUAAGGGGAAUAAGAAGACGCCCAAAUUUGGCAUCCUCUAUAACUCUUCCUACAUUUCGAAGACGCCUCUCCCCAUGAAGGGCCGAAUGUCCAGGUACCUCUCCUGCAAGAGUGCUAUGGCCGCCAGAAUCGACUCCUUUUCGGACCACCCCACGAACUCUUACGGGCUCAUCUUUAAGAAGCAGCUCGAGCACAAGAUCCUCCACAUGGUCAAGGGGGUGAAGCUCUCCAAAAACAUCGACUACAUGGAGGAGGCCGAGCAGAUUUACAAUCGCCAACAGGGCGCGGCCCCCGACGCGGAGGGCAAGAAGAAGCGCAAGAAGAAGAGGGGCAAGAAGAAGGGAAAGAAGAAGGGUGGCGAGAAAAGCGGCGAGGAAGGAGCGGAGGGCAACGAUGCCAAUGGGGACGCCAAUGGGGACGUCGAUGGGGACGUCAAUGAAGACGUCAAUGAGGACGCCAAUGGGGACGCCAAUGGGGACGUCAAUGGGGACGUCAAUGGCGAUGUGAAUGAUGACCAGAAUGGAGACGCUAAUGGAGACCCUAAUGAGGAGCAUAACGGGGAAGCAGACCAGCCCGAUGCCGAGGAAGACCAAGCCGAUGCCGAGGCAGACCAAGAAACGGCCGAUGCGGACCAACCCGCUGCCGAGGACUGACGUGCAUGGGAAGUUCCUCCGUUGCCGUUUCGCCAGCAUGGCAAUCCAUUUAAAGUUCUUUUUUUUUCUCCUUUUUUUCAUGCAAAUGUGUGUUCUCGUCCCAAUGCGGAGAGCAAAGCGGAACGAGUGGCGGAACGAAUGGCGGAGCGAAAGGCGGAGCGCCUGUGCGUUCUCUCCUUCGCUUCAGCCAACGGUGUGUUCAAACGAACUGUUUUAGCCGCUUAGCCGCGCAGGGGUUCUUCCCCCUCAAUUAAUUCGUUCAUGGUAGCUAAGCAGCAUAACCGCUAAUCAGGAUAACCGC